AUGCAGCCUUUCCGUCCUGUCAAUCCACCAUCUACACUCAUUCCACCACAACAACCACAACAACAACCACAACAACAACCACAACAACCAUCCUUGCAACAACAACCCAUCAAUCCGCCGCUGGUAUCAAAUCCAUUCGGUAUACCACUCCAACAACCAUCUUUGCAACAACAACAACCUACUUUCAAGCUUCAGACUCUCGGAGAGCUCGUAGAGAUCAAUGUAGGUGGACGUAAAUAUUCAACCACAUUGAGAAUUUUGAGAUCUAUUCCUCUCUUCAAUAAAUUAAAAUCCAUUCCAACAUUGCAAACAAGAAUACCACCAUCAGCAUCAUCAGGAAUAUUUCAACAAUCCUCAAUGCAACGACAACAUCCUAUCCAUCCAACAGAAUUUAAUGAGGAAUAUUUGAGCCAUGAUUCCGAAGGCAAUCUUUUUGUAGAUUUGAAUGGAGAAUUAUUUGAGAGUAUUUUGGAUUGGCUCAGAUAUCAAAAGGUUCCUGAUCUCUCCAUUAGUCAUCUCAAUGUUAAGCAAUUAUUGAGAUUGAAGAGUGAAGCUCUUUUUUAUGGUGUGCAAGACUUGUCGCAAGCUUGUGCAGAACGUUUAGAAGAGUUGGGACAAGGAGUUAUUGGAAAAUCAACAUUGGGAGUCAGUCCUCUAUUGCCUACAUUACCUCAAACUUCUCGAAUUGAUGCAAAACCUUCCUCUCGUUUUGAGCUCCUUAAACUACAAAUGAAGAAUACGAACCAGAGUUUGAUUGCUGUACAAGCAGGAAGCGGUGAUUUUCAUAUGAUUCCUGAUGCCCGAGUGGAGUUUGAAUUGCCCUAUGAAGGUCACAUCCUUAUUGAAUAUUCGAUUGCAGACUCAUGCGGUGAUUAUGUGCUUUGCAUUGACGCAGUCGACCAGAAAAAGCCAUCCUGCACUCUCAGGAAUUCUCUUUCAGGAGCUCUCUGA